CAAGUGUGUGAAUCAUCGCUUUUUGCAUAAAGCGGGUGUCCAGUGCAGCUGUAAUAUAAGUUAGCUCAUCAAAGAUCUGUAUACUGGAAGGAAAAAUUAUAACAAUAUAAAUAUAAUAAUAAUCAAAUGACGCACUAGGGCCUGUGGAUUGUUUUAGAUAUCUUUGCUCGUCCUCGUAGCUAGCUACUAGGUUUCUGCUGUUUCAUAUACCAGUCGAUCUGAGGAAAACAUCUGCGGGAUAUCGUGCAAUUUUCUUUAAGCGGACGUUUUUAUAAUACCGAUCUAUCAUCAUCCUCCAUCAUCAUAAAGUUUGUGAACAGUUAGGUUAAGUUCAUCAUUAAUGGGUGCUCAUCGGAGCGAAGGGCGCAGGGACUGGCUUCAGCAAGAUGUUGGAGAACAGCAAGUAUCUGUGAAUACAUGGAAUCUCAUGAUAAAACACAGACAGGUUCACCGCCGGGGUCGGCGCUCUCAGAUGACUGUCAGCUACACUGACCCUGUGAUUUCCAUGGAUCUUUUGCGCACUGUUCUGCAGCCCAGCUUCAAUGAGGACAUCCUUGCAGUGUUUAGGAAAUACAUGAAGUUUUUUGAAAAGGCGGCCAGUAAUGUGAAAGAGAAUGUUGGUGAAGAGGUACAGACUGAGCAGCUGAUCAGAGAGGCCUGUCGAAACUGCCUGGAACAGGCAAAACAGCUCUUCUCUGAUGGGGAGAAAGUGACCAGACCAGGUCCUGACCCCCCAGUCAAGCGUGUGCGUCAUGAUGAUGAUUCCAGCCAGAGGGGAAGUCCUGUACCAAAGAAACGGAAAGGUCGCCCCCCUGGGCCUGUCGUUGCUUAUGAUCGACCGGUUUCCUUUGGCACCCCAGCAAAGCCCAAGACGUCUGAGCCUGUAAAGCGAGAGGGACCCAAGUGGGAGCCCUCCAGGCUGAGUGAGAAGAGCACAUUUGUCCUUGGAUCGAGGGCAAACAAAGCUCUGGGGAUGGGUGGCACCAGAGGAAGGAUUUACAUCAAACAUGCUGACCUCUUCAAGUAUGCUGCUGAUGCACAAGACAAACACUGGCUGGCAGAAAGACAGCACAUGAGGGCUACAGGUGGAAAGAUGGCCUACCUUCUCAUUGAAGAAGAUGUGCAGGAUCUUGCACAGAGUGACGACUACAGAGACUGCCCUGACCUGAAACUUGAUGAACUGAAGCCUUUUACGGUUCCUCUGUGGAUGAUCGAGAAGAUGCAGAAAGCAAUGGAGGCCCAGAGGUCCGAGAGAGAUUAGGGCGAGAGAGACGCGAGGAGCAGAGAGUUUAGCCAGGAUUUAACCGAUGCAUUAAGAGACUCGCAGUCAGAGCUGCCCCCUACUGCUGUCGCCAAACAACCAGGACACAGUCUUUCUUCAGGCAUUGUGAUGCUUUUUCCAGUGCCAAGACCUGAACACAGUGCCAUUUGAUACAACCACUGGUAAUACAAGCUGUAUGUACAGAUUACUAUACAAAAUAUACAUGGCUUGCAUAGAGGAUCUUAUGUUCUGUUUCUGGUAGACAGCUGUACUCACUCAUGAGACCCAUUUAAAUAUCUGUUUAUGCAAGAAGAGGCAGCUCUAACACUGUAGUUUAGAGACAAGUCUGGUACAUAAGCACUUGCAUUUUUUUGUUCUCUUACGGUGGUUUCAUUGCUCCAUAUUUCAAAACACAAAUUUGAAAUGUUUUACAAACUCCAUAUCAUCUGAAUAGUAUCCAAAGCAUAUUUAUAAUGGGGAAAAAUGUUUUCUUCUCAUAGUUGUUCCCAUCUCAGGUCAUUACUGGCACCAGUGUGGACUAAAUCUUCUGUUAUGUGCAGGGGUCUUUUUGUUGUAGUUUAAGAUGUAAAUCUUUACAGGGCUUGUAUGUUUGCAGAUGUCUUUAAAUCUUUUGUGUUCUUACUGGCAAUUAUCCCUACACACUUAUUGAAGUUUUUCCUAUAGUUUUGGUUUUUUUUUUUUUUUUGAAUUUCAGUUAAAAUCAAAGUAUUUCAUAUGGGAACUGCAAAAGAAAAUAGUACUGCAUUGGAGCAAGAGGUUGAAUGACUAUUAUGUGAUGUCAGCUAUUUUUUACAUUGCUUUAUUUGUAUUCUCAAAUGCCAUUUUGGUGUCUUAAAAACAAUAACCAGCUAUUUCAGUUUUUUAGUUUUUAUUGCUAACUUGAAUAUCAAUUAGAUCUUCAUAGGGGAUUUCUGUUGGAGCUGCAUUUUAGAGCAGAAAAUCAGAUAGCUCUACUGCUAAAUGCUGAACUGAUGACACGUGAAUUUAGA